AAGUGUGAGCAAGUCGAACAGACCAAUUGUACUAGUUCAGAAAGUGCAAGAAUAAAGAACCUAUCCAACUAACCUUAUGAUGUAAAUGGUGUUCACUCUGUCACGAUCUGUUGAUUUUACUAAAACUAUUCAUAAUUCUGACUUGAAUUAAACUUGAAUUAAUUAGAAAUCGUGUAACGAUAUGUCGAUUAAGCAAGGUGCACAGCGGUUAUAUAACAUGCCAAAAAUAAGUCGAUGGAGUAAUGGAAUUGGUGCCGAAUUGCCACAAGAAUAUAAAAAAUUCUGGAAAGAAUGGAAGUUGCAACAACCGGCUGCAGUUCAUUAUAUUAAGAAGGAAGGCAUUUUUGAAAGAAAUGAAGAAACUGGAGAAGUAUAUCCAGUGCAAAAUGUACCAAUACCUAUAAUGUAUUCGAAAGAAAUUGAUGAUGGUAUAUGGGGAGGAGAAGCCAUUGUUCAGGGUUUUAAGAAAAAAGGCUUAUUUAAAAGAAGAGUUCCACAUUUUUGGAUACCAAGUCUGUACAAGUCUAUUAUCUAUAGUGAAGUUCUUGAUACAUAUAUGAGAAUUGUUAUUACUCAGAGAACACUCAGAUUAAUUCAUGAAAAUUAUGGAUUUGAUCACUAUUUAUUGAAGACACCAGCUUGCGAUUUGAGAUCUCUGCUUGCUUUGAAACUAAAACGUCAGAUACUUAUUGCACUAGCAGAUAAAACUUUGUAUCCUAAUGAUCCAAAAAAGCAUACGGAAGUAUACGCCAAGUACGAGCAGUAUCUUUCAGCUUAUACAAGAGAAGAAAUAGAAUGGUAUGGUUUAACAUACAAAGAAGCUUGUAAAAAGUGGAUACAAUUAAAUGCGAAACAACCACAACCUUUGAAAAUCCAAUAUAGAUCAGAAUUAAUUGCCAAACUCAAGGAAAAUAAAAUCAAAGAAGCCGAAAACGUAAAUGUUGUAUCACCAGAAAAAACGAGUUCUUGGAUAAACAAACUGAAUCCUUUCUCCAAAAGUUCGAAAACCCAAUAAGUAAAUUUCUGUUUGUUAGAUAUAUCAUAAAAA